ACGAAACGGGUAUAUAACAAAGCGGCAACAAAACGGACGCUGCAGUCGAGUAGCAAAAGCCGAGGGCAACGGACAACACUCCUUACGGCGAUCGCAUUCGCAAAACGAACAUGUCAGUGAUACCGGAAGCGCCAUGUACACCCUACGUAGGCGGACCCUCAUUGACCGAUGUCUGCACCGGCAAUUCCGCCUCUUUGUUUCUGUCUAUGUUGAACAUGUUAGUUACUUAUAAUCCAAAAAUUAACGGCGUGUGCGAACGAAUUAAGCCUAUUAACAGGCCGCAAUCACAUUACGACUUCAUCGUCGUUGGAGGCGGCGCCGCUGGAUCGGUCGUGGCCGCUAGAUUGAGCGAAGUUAAGGAUUGGAGCGUGCUCCUUGUAGAAGCUGGACCGGAUGAGACAGCUGGCAUGCAAAUACCGAGCAACCUUCAACUUUAUCUCAACACCGAAAUGGAUUGGAACUAUAAAACUACAAAUGAAUCGCAUGCGUGCUUGAAAAAUAACGGUAGCUGCAGUUAUCCGAGGGGUAAAAAUCUCGGAGGUUGCACUGCCCAUCAUGGUAUGGCAUACCACCGAGGGCACGAGAAAGAUUAUACCAGAUGGGUGGAAAUGGGAAAUCAGGGAUGGUCGUGGCAAGAAGUGUUGCCGUACUUUAUGAAGUCGGAAGAUAAUAGAGAAAUUGGAAGAGUCGAAGCAAAGUAUCAUGGAACUGGAGGUCCAAUGACAGUUGAAAGAUUCCCUUGGCAGCCACAAUUCGCUUGGGACAUAUUAACGGCGGCAAACCAGACAGGCCUAGGAGUCACUGAGGACUUGGUGGGCCAGAAUAUCACAGGUUUCACCGUGGCGCAGACGAUCAGCAGAGAUGGCGUUAGACUUAGUGCUGCCAGGGCCUUUCUGUGGCCGCACAGGAACCGCAAAAAUCUACACAUAGCUCUGAACGCGAUCGCGACAAAAGUCCGUACGAUAAAAACUUCGUCCACAGUGAAAGCCGAGGGAAUUACUCUCAUUAUGAACGGCCGACAGUACAACGUAAAAGCGAGGAAGGAAGUGAUCCUCACGGCCGGCGCCAUAAAUUCGCCUCAGCUUCUGCUUCUAUCGGGCAUCGGGCCGAAGAGUCAUCUAAACUCCGUGGGGAUUAAAACGGUUCUCGAUCUGCCGGGAGUCGGCGAAAAUCUUCACAAUCACGCGUCGUAUGGCGUAGACUUCACUAUCAAUAAGAAAGACACAAAUGGACUAAAUAGUGCUAAUGGCGAUUUAUAUUUACACAAUCAAACCGGCCCGUUGUCGUCCACGGGUUUGGCCCAGGUCACUGGAAUUCUAAAGUCAAACUACACCACCGCGGAUGAUCCGGAUAUUCAAAUUUUCUUCGCCGGUUAUCAAGCUAUUUGCAAUACUGAUGGUAGAAUCGCAGACUUGAAAACGUACGAUAACAAACAAACUGUCAGGUUCACCUCCGUAAAUAUUCAAACACGAAGUAGAGGUCGAAUAACGCUGGCCUCAAAAAAUCCUCUACACCCUCCAAACAUCCGGAGCAACGAUAUGGCGCAUCCGGAAGAUCGAUCGAUUAUUUACCAGGGCAUUAAGCAUAUCUUAAAGCUGUCAAAAGCAAAAGCACUGAAAAAGUACCAUCUUCAAAUGAUACAUGAAACUAUCGCAGAAUGCGAGCAGCCUAAAAAAAAGAUGAAUUAUAAAUAUUGGGAGUGCCUGUUCCAAUACAACACCAGACCUGAAAAUCAUCAAGGUGGCACUUGUAAAAUGGGUCCUUUUUCGGACCCCAUGGCUGUCGUUAGUCCAAGUCUCAAGGUUCAUGGCAUGAAGGGUUUGAGAGUAGCUGAUGCUUCUAUUAUACCGAAGAUGGUUUCCGGUAACCCAGUUGCAGCGAUCAAUAUGAUCGGUGAGAGAGUCGCUGAUUUCAUCAAGAAUGAAUACGGAGUAAUCAACACUUUGUAAGAAGGUGAUCAUCUUUGUAAACAACUUGAUUUUAAUACCAAAGAAUUAGAAACAGUAUUGAUUUUUGUUUUUAUCGUAUUAAUAGAUUUCAUUUAUACGACAUGAUUUGAGAGAUAUUUAAUAAAGAUUUACGUUCAUAGUAUAAAUUAUACUUUUUCCUAUACUUUGUCAAUCGUGUGUACAUGUAUUUAUACACUUUUUGCAAAUAAUAAUUACAGCAAUAAAGAUUAUGGAUGGACA